AUGACUGAAGAGAUCCCACUUUGGGCUAAAAACUUAACUAAUCCUGAGUUUGCUAAGAGCAUAUCGAUAGUAUCUACGAAUACAUUACCAUCUCCUCCGGGAUUCAAAUCUAGUAAUGGGAGCAACAAUAAGACAGGGAAGGCCGAGGCUUCCUUCAACAGUCAACAGAAUGUUAAUGGACUCUUAGUCCAAAAAGCAUGGCAGAUUGCUCUGCAGCCUGCAAAGGCUAUCCCGAUGAAUAUGUUCAUGUCUUACAUGUCGGGAUCCUCUCUUCAAAUCAUUUCAAUCAUGACAGCUUUGAUGCUUAUCUCAAACCCAGUUAAAGGUGUUGCAAACAUCCGGAGGAUGUUUAAGCCUGUUCUUGGAAAUUCAGAGACACAAAGCCAGGUACUGGUAGCCAUGGUUAUGUUUGUCGUUUUUCAGGCGGCCUUAAUGGGCAUUGGCGUUCAUAAACUAAAUUCAAUGGGAUUAAUACCUAAUACAAGAAGUGAUUGGCUUUUUAUGGAAAAACCGGUGAAUUAUGAAGAAAAAUCGUAUGCAUUCUGA